AUGUCUAGACAGUGUUUAUCGUCCAAGACAAAACUGAGUAUUGCACCACAAGAAAUUCCCGUUAUAGUUCGGCCAAAAUUUCGCCUCGAAGAGCAAAUAAUUCAAAUAGAAGCUAGCCCCGGUACAACCGAAACCAAAGGAUUACCACGUAUUGCUUCACCUCAAAGGGAGCCUGAAAUCUUGGAAAAAAUAUCUGCAACCAAAGAAGAGGCUUUGUUUGGACGAAGAAUGGUCUACAAGGGCGUGAAUGCACUUAAAAGGCUAAGGAAAGCUCUCUCCCAGUCAACGCAACAGGAAGAACAAACAUCAAACCCGGUAUUACCGGCGGAGCCGCCAAAAAAUCAAAAUGAGUUAAAAAAACGUGACCUCCCAAAACAGCCGAUCCUCCUUUCAAAUGAAAAAAUGGAAGAAUACUUGAAAAGAUUGCUAUUUCAAGUUUAUGGGGAAAAUUUGGAUUUGGACAGGUGGAGAUCUGUUUCACUGUCCGAUUUGAAGCACAAAUUUUUUAUAGUUGCAACGGUUAUGCAGGACCUCAAUCGGGAAAUAUACAAUACAGACCUUCUUUACUUGGAUAGCAUGGACGAUCUUUUUAGUUAUCUUCAAAUCCCUCGACAAACUAUUUCCAUAGAAAAGGGAAAUCCAAUUAAAGAGGUUUUUGUCAACUACUCGCCCGAUUCUAUUCCACAAAAUCUUGAUACGGCCCAAUAUAAAAACUCUGUUACAUUAAAAGAAGAGCGCGCUAGAUUUUUGAACGAAAACUAUCAGCUACAUUUAUCUUAUCUAGCGUCAAAAAAAAAGAAUGACGCCACCAAUGAAUCUCGUGGAAAUAUAAGUUAA